AACAAAAUGCAUAAUGAAAUCAUGAUUCCGUAGAGCACUGGUUUUUGCCUCUAUUAUCACAAUGGAACCAUGAUUCCCUUAUAUUUUGUGGCACCCCCUUAAGACAACAGAAUCACUCACGGUUCUAUGUUACCAAAUAUCCUUGCGAAAAUGUGAUUCCAUUUAUGGCAGAGGAGUGCACAGCGAUGGAUGUGCAUGGCAGCAUGGUGAUGCUGGCGGUGCAAUGUGGAGGAGAUGGGAUAGGGUAGUGGCACAGUGCAGAGGUGGUCGAUGAAGAUGAUGGUUGCGCGACUAUGGUGGGGGGUUGGGUGAGAAGAAGGUGGGAUGAUAGGGGAAGAGGAGGAGACCAAUAGUAGAUCCCUUAUAGAAGUAAUAGUCCAAUUAGUUAGUUCAUAUUUUGGGUGAAAUAGGCCGAAGCCCAAAAGUCCAUUAUUACUAAUUUGCAGUUUUUUUUAAAAAAAAAAUAUAAUUUGGGGGAGAUGAAUUGAAUUGGGAAAGAAGUAAGCGGUUUUCCCUGGCAAUAUGAUACGAAAUGCAGCGAUUAAGGAGUUCCUUAAAAAAAAGUAUCUCAAUUCACGGGCUGCCAUUGAAGAUACUUAUUUUUCCACCAAGGAUACUUUUGAGAGACAUCGCGUGGUUUUCACCGUUGGAACUUCCAUUGCUUCCGUUGCCACUGCUUGGUUCGGUUAUUCCUUGCGCCAUUUACAUGACACCAAAGUUGAUCAAAGGCUUCAAUCUAUCGAAAAUUCUAUGAAAAACAAUUCCAAUCUCCAACAUUCCCAAAUCAAAGACAUUGUCGCGGGUUCCGCUUCCGGAGCUUUUAGUAUCCCUGCUUGUGUUGCCACUGCUGGAACCUCCUUAAUCAUCGGGUAUGCCUUAGGAUGGAGAGGUGGAAUCUGGUAUGCAACUAAGAAGUUCCGAAAGGAGCAGAUGAAAAUGCUAGGACAGAUUACACCUAAAAGAUGGCAAUUGCUUGGGAAGGUGACAUCACAAGAUGGUUAUAUUCUUAACUUGGCAAGAAUUAGAAUGGGAGAAUCAAGGGGGCCACCGGUUCUUCUACAGCAUGGACUUUUCAUGGAUGGCAUAACAUGGUUAUUGUUACCUUCAAACCAGUCUCUUGCAUUCCUUUUGGCGGAUAAUGGGUUUGAUGUUUGGGUUGCUAACACUCGUGGAACCAAAUUUAGCCGGCAACAUACAUCUUUACCUUCUAAUAGCUCGGAUUAUUGGAAUUGGUCAUGGGAUGAAUUAGUUGCACAUGAUCUUCCAGCCACAUUCAAGUAUGUGCAUGAUCUAACUGGAAAAAAAUUGCACUAUGUUGGUCACUCACAGGGAACUUUGAUUGCAUUGGCUGCUCUUUCCCAAGAUCAGUUACUGAACAUGUUGAGAUCAGCUGCCUUACUUAGCCCAAUUGCUUAUGCUGGUCAGAUGACUUCACCCCUAGCUAAAAAUGCUGCUGAAAACUUUAUUGCAGAGUCACUGUACAAUUUGGGAAUCUUUGAAUUUAAUAUGAGAGGGGGCUCUGUUAUUAAGUUUCUAAAGGACUUGUGCAAUAACACAGGCAUUGACUGCACCAACUUGUUGACCUCUUUCACAGGCCAAAACUGCUGCCUGAACCCUUCGAUUGUAAAUGUUUUUUUGGAUCAUGAGCCUCAGUCAACAGCAACAAAGAACAUGAUCCAUCUAUCUCAGAUGAUCAGAGAAGGAACCACUUCAAUGUUUGAUUACGAAAACCGAGAUGAGAACAUGAAACACUAUGGACAACCCACUCCUCCAGCAUAUGACAUGAAAAGACUUCCAAAUGACCUUCCUCUCUUCCUGAGUUAUGGAGGGGCUGAUGCUCUUUCUGAUGUUAAGGAUGUGCAACGUCUGUUAGAAAUACUCAAAGAUCACGAUGCAGAUAAGCUUGUAGUGCAGUACAGAAAUGAUUAUGCACAUGCAGAUUAUGUUAUGGGUGAAAAUGCUCACCGAGAUGUAUAUGAACCUCUUAUAUCUUUCUUUAGGCUUCAGUGAUAUCUAGUGAAGAAUACUCCUUAUAGAAUAUUGCCAUUACCUGUCUCUAAAUCAUAGAAUUGAAUAGCACGGAAAUGUCAGUAUGUAAUUUCACAGAAGAUGAUAUUAUUAAAGGAAAUUCCUAUAUCUUA